ACCCCAUGCUAACCUAGGUCCACGCGAGCUAGGCUACACAUAACUCCCAAAAACAUGGUAUGAACUGCCCAUGCAAAGGUGUCACAAGUACAUCCAGAAACAGGAUACUUUGUAACCCUUAGGCUAUAAAGGUAUUACAUGUAUUACUCGUUUUAGCAGUAAUUGUCUUUGACUCACUAAUUCUUGCUAAAUCCUUCUCUUUAAACCCUGCUGUAAUGACCAUCUUAGAAAAGGGUGCCUUCUCAAUCCGAAGAACAACGAGGAAUUUUAGCAGGUCGGCUGUUGAUCUCUCUCUUGAACAAACUGUCAACAAGGAUGCCAGUUCAAGCGCAAGAGCAAUUGCUGCAUUCCGGAACUCAGACCAAGCCUUGCGCCGAUGGGCGUUGACAAUGACACAGAGGGCUCUUGCGGUUUCGGAGCUGAAAUCAUUGGUCGGGAUAGAGCAGGAAAACGGCACUGCAGCACAAUGUCAUCCAUCACAAAUCAAUAAGGACAAUAUCCAAAUGAAAGCUCUUGGAAAGACAAUCGACACCUUCUGCAACCCCUUCAGCGAUGAGGCCCCAUCAACUUUAGUGAACAUUGCCACUGGACGUGCAGCAAACGCAGCAACACAAAGUUAUCUUCUUUCGACGAUACGAAGAGGCCAAGAAGCUAGAGAGAAGUUCGAAGAAGAAUGGGACGAAAACAGGAAACGCUUCACCCAACCCAUAAAGAAAGUCAAAGUCGCUAACUUCGCCGCAGAGAACACGAAAAAGGGGCCGUUGGCAAGUGCAUCAAAGAGGGCACAGACCAAUGCCGAGAACCUCAGGGAUGCAUUUGUCAAAAUGAUCGUUGUCGCCUCUCAAGACUCCGCCGUGGACCUCAGACACAUCUUAAAAUACCCAAUAAUCAAAUACCCUCUAGCGUUUGCCCACUGCGAUGGUUCCCUGGUCAAGACCGACAAAUCUUCUCUCCUGCAUCAUCUGGAAGCUGUACAGAUGGAAACCAUCAAUGAACUCGACCACCCUGAGCUCUACACACACGUGUAUGAUGGAGGACUUCUCCUGCACUCCAUCCUAUCGCAGACCUCCAUUGGAGCAUCCUAUGCAUCAAUUGCGCGGACGAUAUUGUCGGUCAUCUGUGCCUCAAAGGGAAAAGAGGUUCACAUCUGCCUUGAUAAGUACCUAGAAGAUUCGAUCAAAGGAAGCGAAAGAAAACUUCGAGGAGCAGUUGACUCGGCUUACAACAUAACCGGACCAGAGCAGACCAUCAGGCUAAGUGGAAAAAAGUUACUGGCAAAUGGGAUGUUCAAAGAUCAGUUGGGGAGAUUUCUACUGCAGGAAUGGGGGAAGGAACAUUACUGGCACAUUCUGGAAGGUAAAACUGUCAUUGCAUCCUUUGGUGGAGAUUGCUUGAGCUUCGUACCAGACAAGGAAAGCCACCACAUCACCGUUACAAGACCUGCGGAAUAUCAGGGAAACCAUGAGGAGGCUGAUACCCUCAUAUCCUUCCACGUUGCCAACACUUCAGCGAGCCACAUCUGUGUGAGAGCCUCUGAUACAGAUGUUCUGGUGAUCUUGAUUGGGAUGCUGGCGAGACAACGUCCAGAGGUUCGUGCAGCCAAGACUGUCAAUAUGGAGUGUGGCAUGGGGAACAGCCGUAGGUACAUCAACGUCAGCAACAUCACCGAUGGUCUAGAAGACAUGAAGACAGGUCUACCAGAAGCGCUACCGGGGUUCCAUGCAUUCACUGGAUGUGACUUUACCUCUGCUUUCUACAGGUGGGUUUGUGAGACCUCUGCGUUCAAAACUUGCAAUAGCGAGAGGUGCAAUGAUAUAGGGCCUAGGAAGAAACUUUCCUAGGUUCCUUUCUAUUCAAUGUCAAUGCUAUGAAUACAUUACUCUAUCAACUAAGACUUUGAUUUCAACUUCUAUUUCAGAAAAGGCAAGGUUAAACCGCUCCAGAUCUUAGAGAAGGACACAACAGGCAGAUUCAUUGAAGCAUUCGUUGGCCUUGGGAAAAUUGGUAACCUAGACACUGAGGCAAUAUCUGCAUUUACCUGCCAAAUGUAUGGUCAAGACAAGACUGAAGACGUCAAUGAAGCCCGAUACCUGAGACUGAUCGAUAUGACUGGAAAGGUUGAGAAGGAGAAGCAACUCUCGCAUGUCAAGAAGCUGGACUGUGCUCUCCUACCACCUUCAUACAAGGCAUUAAAAGAGAAGAUUCGAAGAUCAAACUAUGUUGCUGCUCUGUGGUGCAAUGCUGAUUCGCCUGUUCCUAUGUGUAACGAAUCACCCAGUGAUUACGGAUGGUGCCUUAGAGAUAACCUCCUAGAGCCACUUUGGUUCAGAGGUGAAGAAAUGCCACGUUCACUACACAGUGAGGAAAUCGACAGUCAGGAAAUUGCUGCAGAUGAGGAAUCUGACCUGAUGGGCUCCGACGAGGAAACUGAUAUAGAAGCUUGGAGUGAAGAUACAGACUCUGAUGACGAUAGUGAAAUAUAAAUUUGACUGUGCAUGUACUCAUUGAUUGAUAGAUUCAUUUCCAUGACGUGACUAGCUUUUAUAAUGUCCAAGGGAUGUGAAAUCAAAGACUAUAUGUGGAUCGACUGAAGUUGAUUGCAUUACUGGUAGAGGAUAAUAUCACGGACACUGUUUCUUAUAAUUCUCAAGUUUUUGAAGCAUCUUGCUCUACACUAUUUUCAUUUCAGAUUUUGUCGCAGAUCUUGAAGUUCAAUUAGAGUGUUGUACAUGUAUGUUGCAACCAAUUAAAUGUAGACAAACAUUUUAGAAAAAAUAAUAAAACGAUAUUAAAUGUAGUAGUAAAAAUCAUUAUCUUUAUCACUUUGUUUCCAAUAACAGCAAUUUUACAGGCUCUAAAACACAUUUUUGA